AUGACUCCUGUUAGAGGAUCACGACGAUUAAGACGUCAGGAUGUCGAAGAACAAAGAGCGCCCUACGACUGCUUCAUCUGUUUGACUCCAAUCACAGUAAACAUGUAUGAUGCUGCAGCGACACCAUGCUGUACAAGACAAGUUCACCGUGCAUGUUACCAGCAACAUGCCCAUGCAUUGGCUGCAUGUGGACACUGCCGACGACAAUUUGCUACCCAAGCCGCAAUUUCACUCAGAAAUCCACUGAUAAACGAGGAUUUGGCAAUCAGAGAGGUACAAAGACAACAGGCCAUCCAAGAUUUGGAAGCAUUGCUUCAACCUGGAGCGCUCGAAGCCAGGAUUCAACAGGUAUGUGUGUUUUUUUAUUUUACGAAUCGUUGUUUGCGUGAACAUUUAAGAAAAAUCUAA